GUAAACCGUUAUUUUAAAUCUACAGAGAUAGAACUUCAGAAUCGUGUUUCUUCAAUAUUUUUAAACCAUAUUUUAUAUAUUAUAAGUAUAGUGCUCAAUAUACACGAUGUUAUUCCAGCGAAUAGCUGAUAUUUUUACCAACGCACAUCGAAAUUCAGCGACGCAUUCAAAGGGAGCUCAACAACUGAAAGCUAUCAUGCAGAGUGAAGAUGUGGAGUUUAAUGAAUUCAUGACAUGUAUGAAGAAAUGUGUGCAUUCAUGUUUAAAACAAGAUUACAGACUUCCAAAUCCAUUUGCGGAUCGAUCAGUUGCAUUUGUUGCAAGCUUUUGUACUGUGGUUCAUGAUCAUCAUCAGAAAAAUGUUGACCCAGAUACAGAUGCACCUGCUGUUACAUCUUUGGUUAAUUUUCUAAUUGAGAUGUCUAACCUGGAGUCAGACAAUCAUCGUGUAAGAUCUUGCCAGUUUAUUUGCAAAAUAUUCCAUGAUUUAAUAGGGUAUGAUGUUACUGUUGAGUUUUGCAAUGCUGUGCAAGAUUGUCUUCUUACUUUAAUGGAGGAUAAACUUGCUAAGGUAAGAAUGCUCGCUGCUGUUGCUCUCACUCCCCUGCAAGACAUGGAGAACAGUCAUUGUCCAAUUAUUACUGCUUAUAUCAAUCACAUGGAGUAUGAUCCAUCUGCCAGUGUAAGGAGGGUUUGCGCUGAAAAGAUUGGAUUGAAGAGGGAAAACAUUCCGUAUCUACUUGAAACAAGCAGAGAUAUUGACAUACAAGUAAAACUAGCAGUGUACAAGCGUGCGUCAAAGUAUCCCAACAAAUUUAAGAUUAUUCAUAAACAACAAUUGGUACAUGGUGCGAUUAAAGAUCCAGACCGUUUAUUACAAACUUUUAUGACUGAAGUUCUGAUUCCUGCAUGGUUACAACACUAUGAGUUUGAUUAUUUAAAAUAUAUGAGCGGAUUACGACUUGAUUCCACUUGGACCGAUUUGGAUACGACUACAUCUGUGUGCGAAUAUAUUGUCACCACACUUUUUGUUAUUCGUCCUGCAGAGGAAUUGGUUAAAGUUCUUACACUGAAUGAUAAGAAGCUGAUUGAGUUUGAGAAUCUCAACUAUGAUUCUGCUUUGUUCUGGCGUUUGUUCAUUCAACAUUUACGGAGGACUAAUGGCACUGCCAUCGAGGAUUAUGCACCACAGCUUCCUGAACUUUGUCAGUACAUUGAAGAAUAUUGCAUCUAUAGUCAAAACAAAAUUAAUCUUAAUGAAGAAUAUACAAAUGCCCACCUGGAAUUUAAAUUUAUUCUGGUACAACUCUUUCAUUUGACUAUGGAUUACAACUAUGUUGAUAUUUCCUGUAAGAAAACAAUGUGUGCAUUAAUUGAAAGAAUUUUGAAAACAUACAAUCUGGACCUGGAAGUGGUUAAAGUUAUGAUUGAGAAUUUAACUAUUGUUCUUCCGAGUAUUAACGAUCAAUCCAAAUAUAUUUGUGAUAUUACCGGAGAUUUAAUGUAUUCACAAGAUCCUGACGACGGGAAAAACGCUACUGAAUUAUCAAGUAUUGCGAAUGUUACUAAAGUGACCGAAGCUCCAGUUGAAGAACUCCAACUACCUCCUCCACAAGUAGUUCAUACUAUGCAAGAAGAACAAGCUAUUAACAAACUGAAGCUGAAAUGUGUAAUGUUAGAGGGUGAAAUGGAGGAAGCCGUUCGCAGACAAGAUUAUUUAAAAGCUAGCGAAUUGAAACCGCUUGUAGACGCAGCCAAACAAGAAUUCAAAGAGUUAUUGAACAUCAAACCAAAAGAAAUACCGGAAACACUCGAAGAAAGUGUUGUAGAAGAAGAAGAAACUGAACACGACAGCCAAACUCGGCGUGAAAAAGUACAAGAUCCCAUUUUAAUGAAAAAGGUACUGACGAUUAUGGCUGGCUUUUUGACUUCAUCGAAAAUCCGCACGUUAAAUUCGAUUGUUGCCACAUUUAAAGUGAAUGUUAUCGAUGAAAUGAUUCUUUCGACUAAUAUGUCUGUGAAAAUUCUGGCAAUGAGAUGUUUAGCCCUGUGUUGCACUCUGGAUGAGCACACGGCCAAGAUUGCGCUUCCUACUUGCUGCGCCAUCAUAAUGACGCAUAAUAGGAAUGCGCAGAAUCCACCACCAGCGGAUUUGGUUUGGAUUUGUAUCGGCAUCGUUGUGGAUUCAUUAAUGUUGUUUGGUACGAAAUUAUUGGCGAAUAACAAUACUGCAGCAGACACGAGCCAUGCAGAGUCGCUUUUGGUCAGUGAAGAAGAUCACGAAGUGUUUUCCGGAGGCAUUUCACUAUCAGGAAUUAUCAAAGAAAUUUUAGAGAUUUUCAAUGAUGAAAAUGUAAAACUUCAAGAAUUGGCCUGUCGUGGUAUUUGUAACUUUGUUUUAACGUCACGAAUUUACUCUCAUGCGGUAAUCUCACGUUUAAUAGUUAAAUUCGUGUUGCCAACGUGUUCAGAACCUGAAUCAAUUAAAUUGCAACAAUAUAUUGGAAUAACUUUGGGAAAACUUCCCUACAUUCCGAAUUCAUCGACUCAGCUGGAGAAAGCAAUAAUUCCAGCUUUAAAAAUCAUCUUGAAAGCGCCACAUAACAGUCCUCUGUCAAACGUGGACAUUGAUCCUCUUGCGAGACUUUUGUUUGAGAUUUGCAGUCAAUAUGAAAAUGGGUUGGAAAUCCAUCAUACAUUAGCACUUGCUUUCAUCAAGGAAAUUCGUGACAAACCAAAUAAUGUGAACAACGCUGUUUUUUCGAAAGUAAUGUUGUUAUUGAAAUUUUCAAAUGAUAAAGAAGAACUUCGCGAUUUGGUUGAAAAGUUGGACGAUUUACGAGAUAGACUUCGUGAUUCAAAAGUAUCAGCGAAUAUCAUCAAACUCAACACUAAAAUUACACUCUUGUUAAAUUCCGAAAAUAACGAAGAGUCAAACAUCGCAGAAUCACAAGAACUUCAAGUGUGUCAUGAUAAAACAAAUGGAAAUACCAUUCAAGAAUUAGCAUCGACCGAAUCUGAUUCAGACUAGUUUUAAUAGAUUCAUUUUAAUAUUUUCUUAAUUUUUAACUUUUUAUAAAUAAUUUUUGUGACGCUUAAGACAUUUGAAGUACAUAUUUACAUUGGAUAUAUAA